AUGGCUGAGGACAGUAACACAUACGAACGAGAAGCAAUAACUAAUUGGUUAGAAAAAUACGGGACAAGCCCCAUCACUCGUAAACUUAUGACUGUCGACAAACUUCGGACGAACACUAUUGUAAAAAGGUUAGUUGAUGAAUUUGAAUCUGGUUUACAGAAGCAGAUGUAUCGUUUUAUACUCGGCAUCGAUGUGAAAAAGGGGGACAGAUUAUUUGUAGCAUUCGGAAAAUCUGUGCACAAAGCACAGUGGAUUAAUCGUGCGAAUGAACCAAAAAUUAUUUUGAUGACAAUAAGUGGUGCACGUGCACAAAAAGAAGCGUCUUUUUUUGUUGAAUUGACUAAACAUCCACACAUUGUUCGCACAUAUGGAUUAGUGGAUUACCCUGAUGAUAAAAGAAAUGAAGGCGUGAUGUUGCUGCAAGAGUAUGGUGUUAUGGGAGAUUUGUUAGAGUUUUUAAGUACCCUCGAAAAUGUUUCUAAAGAGGCAGUACUAUGUGAAAUGUUUAUGCAGAUUGCGGAUGCAAUGACUUUUUUAGCGUAUAAUCGAAUUGUUCAUGGAGAUUUGGCAUGUCGAAAUGUUCUUCUAUAUCAUUUUGAUCCUAAUGAACCGAAAAAUAAUGUUGUCAAGGUGACCGAUUUUGGUCUCAGUCGUGGAAGUACUGUUUAUUUGAGUGUUUCCUCUUCGGCUACAACAACAUUAAACAUAAUUCCCUAUAGAUAUGCCGCACCAGAAAUAUUAGUGGAUGUAACAUCCAAAGAAGCUUAUACAGAAAAGUCGGAUAUGUAUUCAAUGGGUGUAUUGAUGUGGGAAGCGUUUAUGAAAGAUACUAUACCAUGGUCAUUUGUUCAUAAUGAUGCAGAAGUCCAACAACGUGUAAUUGAUGGUGAACGUUUAAAACAACCUGAGACUUGCAGUCAAAAAUUAUGGGAUAUUAUUCUGUCAGCAAUGGCGCAGCAGCCAUCAUAUCGGCCAACGUUUUCAAGUUUAAAACGUCGUUUAACUGAGCAUCAAGUUCGAUCCGAGAUGCUUCAAGAAAUUUGUUACUUUGAGGGCACAACACUAUUGUCGGGUGCUCAACAGCAAAUAUUAAACAAAUUCUAUGGAGUAAAUGAUCAAAAAUGGAAACUGAUCUAUAAAUCGACAACUGAUGGUGAUAAGAUAUUGGAUUUUCAUCGAUGUUGCGAUGGGAAAUCGAAUGUGUUAAUGACUAUACUGUCUGACAAUGGUUAUUUGUUUGGCGGAUACAAUAAAUUUGAUUGGGAUAGCAGUAAUUCCCACGAUAUUGCCUAUCCCGAUUGUGACAAUUUCUUGUUUAGUUUAACAAAUCCUCAUGAUAUUCAGCCAUCAAAAUACGCAUACAUAGGCGGCUGCGAUGGACAUCCUGUAAUACAUUGCAAGUUGUUCGGCCCAUGUUUUGGCUAUUCUGACAUUAGAAUCGAUAGCAUCGACAGCAGGCAUGUGAACACCAUUGGUUUUCCACACGCAUACGCCGAUACGAGUGAAAAGGGUCCAGAUACAUUUACAGGAAGCCCAAAAUUUAAAAUAGCUGAUAUCGAAAUAUUUCAGAUAGUUUCUAAACGUUUGGCGAAAAUAAAAGAUACUGUUACGUAA